AUAAAAUGUAGGUUACAAAAGAAUUUAUAUAAAAAUAAGAAAUAAUUUAAACAAUUUUUUAAAUUUAUUUUUCACACAAAACGAUGAAGUUUUUAUUUCCAUUAACUAUUUUCAUGUUUUGUGUUUUUCAAAUACAUUUUAUUUUAUCGAAUAAAAUAAUUGAGAACGAAAAACUUGUUAAUUUGAGCAAUUUGCGAAAUAUGGUAAAAAUAAGUUAUGAAAAUUUAAAUGCAUACCUGAAACAGGAAUUUAAUUAUACAGAUGAUAAAUUGCAUAAUUUAGCAAAAGAGUUGACACAAGAAAUGAUAAUUUUAGCAUUUUCGAAAAACUCUGAAGUUCAGAUAAUAAAACAAACGGAAAAUUGUAGUGAUACAAGUUUCUGCAGAAAUGAUGCUUAUCGUAAUGUAUUAGAAUUAAUUGAUAAUCACAAUAAAUCCUUGAUUCAAACUGCAGAUGAAAGUAUGAGGAAUAUUAUAAAGAACAGUCAAUUAACUAUUGUCAUUCAGAUGGGAGCGGAAAUUUUAUUGUCUUUAAAUUCAGAAUUUCCUGAAAGUAAUGACAGUUGCUUCAAAAAUCAUUCUUUUUACGAGACUACAGAUGAUUGUCUAAAUGAUAAGAAAAGAACGGCUGAAUUCUUUCUAGAUAUUUGUAUUUUAAAUGAACAGAUCUUUCGAUUGGAAAAUUCGUUAUAUUUACAGAAAAAAAUUAAUAAUUCAUAUCUUGAAAUAAAUAAGAAGCAUAUAUCUUUACUUUCAAAAUUGGGAAAUAUAAAGUCUGCAUUUGAUAAUUGUACACACGAAUGUAUACAAUAUGAAACGAAUUAAAAAAGAAAUUAUUACUAUGAUAAAACUUAUAUCUUUGCCAGCCCUGAACUUGAAUUACGAUUCUCCGUUACAUCCCUCACAACACAAGGAUAUUCAGGAUAUCCCUGGGACGUCCUGGGGAUAUCCAUUUGCUUUUGGUGAUUCGGAUAUCCUUAAGAUAUCCUCUGGAUAUCCAUGGACAUCUCUAAGAUAUCCUAGGGAUAUCCAAACCGCCGAAAACAAAUCGAUAUCCCCAGGACGUCCCAAGGAUAUCCUGAAUAUCCUUUUGUUGUGAGGGUAUAAAUUUAAUUUAAUUUGCAUUCACAGCAAAUAGUAUAUAAUAUUCGAAAAAGUUUAUUAAACUUAUUAAAAAUAAAUAAAUUGACGCUUAAUUUUAA